AAGCGCGCUUGGUGGAAGGAAUGCGUGGUUUAUCAGAUUUACCCGGCGUCAUUCCAGGAUACCAAUGACGAUGGCCAUGGAGACGUCAAGGGAAUUACAAGUCGGUUGGACUAUCUCAAAACUCUUGGAAUAUACAAAAGUCCACAGAUUGACAUGAGCUACGACAUCUCCGAUUAUAUGGACAUUGAUGAUCGAUAUGGCUCGUUGACAGAUGUGGAUGGNGCGGUUGCCCGGUUAACGAAGCACGACAUGAAGCUCAUGAUGGACUUGGUUGUCAACCAUACCUCUGAUCAGAGAGGAUGGUGCUUCUGGAAGAAGNNCAAGAUCGCUACGGAUGGAAAACGUCUGCCUCCAAACAACUGGUGCCGCAUUCUGGACACCACCAAAUCAGCAUGGCAAUGGGAUGAGGAGACACAAGAAUACUAUCUGUCUCUGUUCUCANNCCCGGAGCAGCCUGAUCUGAAUUGGGACAAUCCGAAUGUUCGAGCCGCGGUACACGACAUCCUACGAUUCUGGCUGGAUCGGGGUGUGUGUGGGUUUCGGAUGGAUGUCAUCGACCAUAUCAGCAAAGUGCAAAGCUUUCCGGAUGCCGACAGGACCAUUCCUGGUCAGUACUAUCAGCCCGGUAAUGCAUAUUACGCCAAUGGGCCUCGACUCCAUGAAUUUCUGCAUGAGAUGAAGGCAGUACUUGAUAAAUAUGACACAAUCACAGUUGGAGAGAUGCCUUUCGUGAACGAUGAGGAUGAGAUCAUCCGAACCGUUGGCNNAACCACAGGGAUCGCUGAACACAUGAUCUUCCUCUUCAAAAUCUUGAACAUGGACAACGAACCUGGUCAAUCAAAGUGGUCAUACCAUGAGUGGGACGCUACUGACAUGAAGCGAAUCCACGAUCAAACGCANCAGCGACUGAUGAUUGAGCGUGGUGGGUGGAACGCGAUCUUCACCGAAAACCACGAUGGCCCAAGAUCUAUAUCGUUNGCUGAUGAUAGUGAUCAAUGGAGAGACUUUACUGCGAAGAUGCUCUGUACCAAGUCAAUCACACUCGGAGGAACNCAGUAUAUAUAUCAAGGCCAGGAGCUGGGCAUGGAACAGCUCCCUUCUGACUGGUCCAUUGACGAGUACAAGGAUAAUCUCAAAGCUACUGGCGAGCGUAAAGUCAUGAUGUUCACUGUCAAGUCCGACCGGUAUGCCAACAACCAUCGAAAACUGGAUUAUGCACGCAAGCUACUCCAACUCAAAGCUCGAGAUCAUACUAGGACUCCCAUGCAAUGGAGCGCCGCACCAAACGCGGGAUUCAGCAAGUCACACGUCAAACCGUGGAUGCGAGUCAACGACGACUAUCCCAAUGUAAACGUUUCAAGACAAUUACCUGAUCCUGAUUCAGUACUCUCGUACUGGAAGCGCUGCCUAGAGUUUCGCAGAAAACACAAAGAAGUCUUCAUCUAUGGCGGCUUUGAGAUUUUGGAUCCAGAAGACAAGGAUGUCGUAGCCUUCCGACGCUUUUCUGAGCAUGAGAGUUUCGUAACUGUCACAAACUUCACCGGCAAACAUUUGGAGUGGUCGGGCCUGGGAGACACCAAGAUCAAGGAGUGGCUCAUCGGCAACUAUGGACUCGAGUCGCACAACGAGAGUCCAGGUAAGNNGCUGAUCAAGCUACGACCGGCGGGAGUGUCAUCGGAAGGUCCUAAGAUUGUUUCGUAA